AUGCGUGCGCACAGAAUCGAUACAUUUCUCAUAAGAGAAAACAUCAAACUGGAGAUCAUACAUGAAUCGAAUUCCUAUUUUGGUGGAGAACAUAUAUCAAUUGCUUUCCGAUUUAAGCACCUAGGCUCACAGCAUGAAUUGUUCAACUAUAAAGAAAAGCUUCUCACUGUCGAUAAAGCUGUUGAAGAGAAGUUGGAACAACAAGCGAAAGUGCAAGAUGAUGGUGAAGGCACGAUGGAAAAUCAAACCUGGUCCCUAAAAUCAUUACUAGGUGCCUUCAAAAGAACAGGCGAACCUGAAGAGAGUGUGGAUGUGGAUAACAUGAAAAUGCUAAAUGAGAGUAAGAUGUUAAGAGAAAAAAUACAGAAGCAAAUGUAUUUUCAUCAACCUGUAACGUUAAUAUCCGGUUAUGUUCAAAUAUCGGGGGUCUUUCAAUACGAUUCAGAGGUAAUUUCAGAGUCAAAAUUUAAACAAGAUGAAGUAAAAAUGGUAGGACUAGAUAUUGUACCUGGACAUACGACAAAUUCUGUUCUUGCAUUGGAAGAUGGAGAACAUUUCAAAGGUAAAAGAAAUUUAACCAACUACCUCAACUCAGAUUAUACAAAUGUGACCAAUGGUCUUCUUUUCUCAGAAAGCGGUUCUAGGGGAAGAACAGGUACCUAUAACGAACGGACCUUAAUGAUAUCAAACGAUACCAGUAUAAAAACAUUACCUCUUCUUUUAAUACCACAGACGCUUUUAUUUUCUGAAAUUUCUUUAGAACCAGGUGAAGUAAGAACAUUCUAUUUUAAAUCCACAAAGCUGCCAAAAGAUAUAUGCCCAAGUUAUUCAUCGUCAAAAGUGGCAUCAAUAAAUUACACGCUGGAGGUUGGUGCGGAUGUACUUUCUGAUGAUAAUAUCGAGAAAUUUUCAAAUAGAGUCCCAAUAACAAUAGCACCAUAUAUUAGUUCGAAUGCCGAACAGUACACAUCACGUCUGGAUAAGCCUGCUAUCAUAUUAAAGACAGGUAACAUAAAGGAACUAAAGCCACGUUUGUUUACUCGAAAAGUUUCUACGGCUUCUGCUGUAUCAUUUGGUAGGAGAAAAUCUUCUAUAAUUGACAUUGAUUCUCCAUUAGAAGAUAAUGAAUUUGUCAAGCGUGUCAAAAAAAACUUCAUUGAACUGGUGGAAUCUAACCAAAAUGUGUCAAGAGAUAUAGACGAACUUAUUGACUUGCAAAUGGGGGUACAGUUCGGAAAGGAUGAGGAUUCUUCGGAUCCUGAACCCAACGACUCACACUUUUCGAACGAAAUGGUGACGUCUGCAGAGUCUAGCCUGAGAAGCGAUGCUGUAACUAAGAGGAGAAAAAGUUAUUCGGUACGCGAUAACAUUUCUAACCUCGAGCAAAAGAUGUGGAACGAUUGUUCUCUCGUUAAGUCAGAUGAGAAUUCUAAUCUUCUACCUCAGCUAAUUAAUUUACAGAACGCAUAUCAAAUUAACAGAAAUAAUGAGACUAUGGCAAAAGUAUCCUUAUCAGCACCUUUUUAUAAGACAACUGAUGAUAUAAAUUUAGUCAUUGAAUUAGAUCCGAUAACGACGCCUUUACUUAAAGUGACUUCGUUGACUGUAUCCUUAGAAUCGUUUGAAAUUAUAAAUCCAAAAUAUAAGACUGAAGGAAAAGGAAUAGGGAGCAAACCAAAAGGAAACUCGGUGUAUGAGAAACAUUUUAUUUGUUUCGAUGAGUGCAAGUCCGUAUCGGUGAAAUUACUUCCUCCAAGAUCGCCUACAAACCAGAUUACCGGACAAUUCAAGACAGAUGUUUUUCAACAUAAGUGGAUGAUAGGACUAAAAUUUGUAAUAAUUGCAAAGACAGAAAGUAUCACUUUGGAUCAAUUUUAUGAGGAUAAAAAGGGCAUCCUAUUCCAUUCAAAAGAGAAUUUAGAAGGUGAAGAGUUUACAUGUUACGUUCCCAUUCCAAUACUGUGUACAUCCGAAGAUUUCAUGGGAUGGUAA